AUGUCUAGUGAAAUAAUCAGUCGUUCUUGUUUUAAAAUUAAACAGCAAGAUCAUAUUACAAAUGAAGAACUAACAUUACUCUUUAAUGAUAUUGUUCAAGAAUUAAGCAAAUUGAAAUCUGAGACUAGUAAAGAUUCAUUUAUCAGAGCCAUAAGUGAAAUAAUUAGUUUACUAGAAAAUGAAGAUACAGAAAAAGUUUGUAAAUCGUGUAUGUUCAACCAUGAAGUGUUUGUUUUGAUUCGUGAUGCUUUAAUUAUUUUAUUCAACAAAUGGCGUACUAAUGAAACUCUAAAUGAACAAGAAAUAGUUUUAUUGCAAAAAACGAGUGAGAUAUUUUGGAAUAUGAUACAGAAGAUUACUGAUACAAAUGUUGUAGUUUUUAAAACACUGCUGUUAAAUGAAUCUUUUAUUGAAUCAAUUAAAUUAUGUGUCGAUGAUAUAACAGCAAAUGGUAAACAAUCAGAUGAUCACAUUUUAUCAGUGCUUGAUACUAUGAUUUGGGUGUUGGGAAAGCUGAUGAAUGACCGAAAAGAAGUACAGGAUGAUCCAACAUUGUUAACUUUAUUAGAUUCGAUCGUGAAAUGUAUCUGUUCUGCUCGCUAUUUAGAUACAUUUAAACAACUUUGUCCUGAAGAUAGUGAAGUUACCGUUACAACACAAUUUCUAUUAGUGACAUGUCCACAUUACGUUAUUUAUUAUUAUGAUGGUGAACGUAUGGAAGAAAUAGUAAGUUUAAUGCGUCAAACAAAAUUUGAUCAUUAUUUAGAAAUAUUUGGACAAUUUAUGCAAUCAAUUGAAAAAUGGAAUAGUUCAUUAAUUAAAGCUAUGAGUUAUGCAACCGGAAUUCUACAAUAUAUAUCUGCUGGUGAAGUACAACGACAAAAAUAUUUAGAUUUACAUUUGAAAUUAAUGGACUAUAUAAUUGUUAUACUAAAAUCACCAAAUAUAAACGAACUCUUAAAGGGAUACGUUACUACGGCUUUAUCCCGCUUGAUAUACACAGCUAUAGUUUAUUUAUUUGGUUUAAGCAUCGAUCCAACAUUUUUAACAAUUAUCAAAGAAAACGAAUUAGCCCAAACAUUUUUAACGUUAACGGAGGCCAACGACGACAUGAUACAAGUAAAUACUUAUCGUCUUUUAGCAAUGAUACUGGACGAAAAUGAGAUUAAGACUUUAGCAAACCCAGCCAAAAUAACACGAGUGUUUCGUGAUUAUAUCGAAAUGUUUAUCGACAAUAUGCUACGUAAAAUGGUACUACAGAAUACCUUGCUAAGUUUGAAAAGUAGGUAUUUUAAAAUGAUUUCAGUGGAAAAGUCAGUAAAUACAUUACUGUUGUCAAUUCAACAUUGUUUUUAG